UGGGUUUGUUUUAAUCUUUUAGACAUGCUCCGUUUACCUACAGUACUCCGCCAGAUAAGGCCAGUGUCCAGAGCACUCGCCCCCCAUCUAACACGAGCAUAUGCAAAAGAUGUGAAGUUUGGAGCAGAUGCUAGAGCCCUUAUGCUUCAAGGAGUAGAUCUUCUAGCAGAUGCUGUAGCUGUCACCAUGGGGCCAAAGGGAAGAACAGUUAUCAUUGAACAGAGCUGGGGAAGUCCAAAAGUGACAAAAGACGGUGUGACGGUAGCAAAGGCAAUUGACUUAAAAGACAAAUACAAAAAUAUUGGAGCCAGGUUAGUUCAAGAUGUUGCCAACAAUACAAAUGAAGAAGCAGGAGAUGGUACCACUACUGCAACAGUACUUGCACGUGCUAUUGCCAAGGAAGGCUUUGAGAAGAUCAGCAAAGGAGCUAAUCCAGUAGAAAUCAGGAGGGGGGUGAUGCUUGCAGUUGAUGCUGUCAUAGCUGAGCUGAAGAAGUUGUCUAAACCUGUCACAACUCCAGAAGAAAUCGCACAGGUUGCCACAAUAUCAGCAAAUGGAGAUCAGGAAAUUGGCAAUAUAAUCUCUGAUGCAAUGAAAAAAGUUGGACGAAAGGGUGUAAUCACUGUCAAGGAUGGAAAAACUCUAAAUGAUGAACUGGAAAUCAUUGAGGGUAUGAAAUUUGACAGAGGCUACAUCUCUCCAUAUUUUAUUAAUACAACCAAAGGGCAGAAAUGUGAAUUCCAGGAUGCUUAUGUUUUAAUCAGUGAAAAGAAAAUUUCUAGUGUACAGUCCAUAGUUCCAGCUCUUGAAAUUGCCAAUUCUCACCGCAAACCUUUGGUCAUUAUUGCUGAAGAUGUUGAUGGAGAAGCACUCAGCACUCUGGUCUUGAACAGGCUGAAAGUUGGUCUUCAGGUUGUUGCUGUAAAAGCACCGGGUUUUGGUGACAACAGGAAAAACCAGCUUAAGGAUAUGGCAAUCGCUACUGGCGGUGCUGUGUUUGGAGAAGAGGGUUUGACCCUAAACGUGGAAGAUAUUCAGCCUCAUGACUUCGGUAAAGUCGGAGAGGUCAUUGUGACAAAAGAUGACACCAUGCUUCUGAAGGGGAAGGGUGAAAAGGCUCAAAUUGAAAAACGUAUUCAGGAAAUCAUUGAACAACUAGAAGUUACCACAAGUGACUAUGAAAAAGAGAAACUGAAUGAGCGAUUGGCCAAACUGUCUGAUGGAGUAGCAGUAUUGAAGGUUGGUGGCACAAGUGAUGUGGAAGUGAAUGAGAAGAAGGACAGGGUCACUGAUGCCCUGAACGCCACCCGUGCUGCCGUAGAGGAGGGCAUCGUGCCAGGCGGUGGCUGUGCGCUGCUUCGCUGCAUUCCAGCAUUAGAUGCCUUAGCUCCAGCCAAUGAAGAUCAGAAAAUUGGCAUUGACAUAAUAAAGAGAACUCUGAAAAUCCCAGCAAUGACUAUCGCAAAGAACGCAGGUGUUGAAGGAUCAUUGAUAGUUGAAAAAAUCCUGCAGAGUCCAUCAGAAGUUGGCUAUGACGCAAUGCUUGGGGACUUUGUAAAUAUGGUAGAAAAAGGAAUCAUAGACCCAACGAAGGUUGUGAGAACUGCUCUGAUGGACGCUGCAGGUGUCGCCUCUCUCUUAUCAACAGCAGAAGCAGUGGUGACUGAAACUCCUAAAGAAGAAAAGGAGCCGGCAAUGGGAGGGAUGGGCGGGAUGGGCGGAGGAAUGGGAGGUGGCAUGUUCUAACUCCUGGGCUGGGGAAGCAUCACGAGCUGUGCUGUUUAAGACUGACAGAUCUGACUUUAAAACCUUCAGAUGUCAGUGCAGGAGGGUGGAUAGUGACUGAAGUGAGGCUGGUGUUUAAAAGAAUCACUGUAACCAUCAGUUACUGGAUUUCAUUUAACACGUGUAAUUGUUUACAGUCAUUGUCCAUGCCUACAGAUAAUUUAUUUUGUAUUUUUUGAAUAAAGACAUUUGUACAUUCCUGAUAAACUGGGUGCAAGAUCCAUCUACCAAGGUCCCGAUUUAAACUUAAGGCACUUGAUAUUCUGUUUCAGAAUUUCCUGGUGCUUGCCAGUAGUAGGAAGAACUUGGAAGCCACUGUGCGUGAGACUAGACAAUUGUGUACAAAGUAGGCAAAUAUACAGUUAUGUGACCUUUAUGUAAUAAAACAAACUGCUCAAAAGUUAUGAAAUGUAUCACCUCAUUCAUCUGCACACAAAGCCAUAGUCAUGGGAGAACCUUGACGGUUUCCUACUUCUAAGAUUUACUAGAAAUCUGACACUUAUGCUUGGAAAUGACAGGGCAUGUCCCUCCAGGAAACAUUCCUUUGUCUAGAAUGUUUCUCAGAAGUACAAGUGACUUUAAUUUUGGUAAGAAAUACCUAAGCUGAACUGGCAGUACAGUUCUUUGAAAUAUUAAAAAAUGCUAUGAAAAUAA